AUGGCCGACGUUGCAAGCGCACCCAAGCCUGACCAGCAGGUCCCACUCGACACGAUCCCAAUCUCACCCACCGAGGGUUCCAACGGCGAGAGCAAGGAGAAGUCAUCCGCCGAUGCGCAAACAUCUGAGGGCGAGAUCCGGACCGUCUUUCACGACGCCGAGAACUUCAACGUCAAGCACCCGCUAAUGAACACAUGGACUCUGUGGUUCACCAAGCCACCGAGCGGCAAGGGCGACAAUUGGGCCGAGCUGCUGAAAGAGGUCAUCUCGUUCGAUUCGGUUGAGGAGUUUUGGGGCAUCUACAACAACAUCACUCCUACAUCUGAUCUUGCGCUCAAGUCCGAUUAUCAUCUCUUCAAGAAGGGCGUGCGACCCGAAUGGGAAGACUCGCAGAACAAGCACGGUGGCAAGUGGGCGUUCCAGUUCAAGGAUAAGAAGGCCAUCAACAUCGAUGCCUUGUGGCUUCACGUCAUGCUCGCGGCCAUCGGCGAGAAUCUCGAGGAUGAGGACGACAACGAAGUCAUGGGCGUUGUAGUCAACGUUAGGCGAGGCUUCUAUCGUAUUGGUCUCUGGACGCGCUCAGUAGGCCGUGCGCUGCCCGGUGAGCAGGGCAAGGGCAGGACCGCAGAGCAAGGCAAAGAGGUCCUGCAGAAGAUUGGAAAGCGGUUCAAACAAGCCCUGCAGCUCAAGGACAGCGACUCGGUCGAAUUCUCAGGUCACACCGAUGCUGCCCAUGCUGGUAGCACGCGUGCGAAGGCCAAGUUCACUGUCUAA